AUGAAUCGCUUCCCCGAACCCCUCGAUUGGGGCGGUUUCAUAACAACUGUCAUUUCAGUCAAUACCUUCUGGUGGAUCUGGGACAUACCUCUGAUAUGGCAGCGGGGUUUUCGCGCAUACAUCGACGCGAUUACCUGGGAAUGUGUUCGACUUUACAUGCCUUCCGUCGCCGCGGCAUUUGCAAUUUAUCAUACAAGCGAUCGCGCUCGCUGGCCUAAGCUCUACUAUUUCGGCGGCCGCGAUGAAGGACUCAUUGAAAGUAUGACCGAUGCGGAGGUUAUGAGGAUAGUGGUGACGGACUCGCUAAGCGUCACUGCGACGGUUUUGACGCUCUCCCAAUUGUUCAUCAAGGGUUCGGAUAUGUUAUUCAACACGGCACUAUGGGCGUUUCCGAGCCUUCAAGUUUCGCUGAUCGGUAUUUGGAUUGUCGGUUCCUCGUAUACCAUAAAACGCCCGAGACAGCAUAUUUUUAUGGGCGGAGCUGUCUUUAUCCUUCUGAUCGGCUCCUGUACCGGGGUUAUCUUAAUGUCUUCGACUGUGACGAAAAUCCAAGCGUGGCUACCGGCAACUAUGCUAUUCAUUUUCAUGGCGACACCGUUUUGCCUGUACUCGUCGGAAAUUCUUAUAACUUCUGUUGUGCUGGUUGCGAUUAUGGGCCGAGUUGGAGGUCUGGCGUUUACUGCAUUGCUUCCAGGGUAUUUCGUGCCGUCACCCUAUAUCAAACACCCAGUGUUUGGAACUGCCUACCUGAUCAUGGGAAUUGCGGGGGGAAUCCUUGCGGUUUAUGGCAGAUUUCGACUCAAGCAUAUCUGUCUGGUCCUGCAACAGAGAGAAACUCCUCGAAUUGGAGCUUCGCUUAUGGAGGGAAUGUCGACAUUCACCACCUUUCGGAAACGGCUACGUGACAAACGUCGACGAAAACACGUUCUCGAGAAGGAUGGAAGGGCUGUGCCGCAAGGAUGUACAAGAUGGUCCCAAAGGCACAGCGGGACUUACCAACCGAUAAUACAACAACCAGAGAGGGCUUAUUGCUCCGAAUUAAUGGCUGAGGAGUAUCCUCGACCCGAACCUCGAACGGUACAUGACUCACCAGACGAGGAAAUCCGAAGAAAUGCAUACUCACACAAGACGCCCAAAGAAGUGAUACAAGUUAUCGAAUAUCCCACAUUUUCCGAAUCUAUAGAAUCUGUGUUUUUCUCUGAUCGGUCCCGGGCACGGGCGCCGCCAAUAAAGCGGAAACCUGUCGGGAGCGAUUCGCAGAGGAGGAUACAAAAACCAAAACCAGUGGUAUGCGUGCCACACAGCAAUUGUAUACACAAUGGCUAUAAUCAUAAUAAGACUAACUCAAACCGUGCAUUAUCAUCACGGUCGGCGAGCGAGGAAUUCUCAAAGAAGCGCAGAGCGCGAUACUUUGAAGGAGACGCCGGAAGAAUACAUGUGGGACUGCAACAGCAACAACAACAGCAGCAGCAGCAGCAGCAGCAAUGCCGUCUCGCGCAACACCCUUUACAUUUGGGUUGGAGAUCGAAACCGUUGCCGAAACCGCCCUCGCCCAGUGGCACGGCUAAGGAGAGAGUAGGAUAG